UCUCUCUCUCUCUCACACACACACACACACACACACACAUACACACUCACUCUCUCUCUCACUCCUCCGGCUUACUAAAGGUGACCGGGGAGCCGCGCUCGCUGCUCAUUAUUUAACGUCUCCAAAUUGAGCGGCAGCGGGAAGGCGAGCCUGACGCAGAUCUGCUCCGGACACUGCUGCGUCUGCUGGAAAAAGCUGAGAGUGCUGCCGGAGGGUGGUCUGUCUGUGUGUGUUGACAUCCACAGGGGCUGGGAGAAUGUAUGUGCCGCUUCAUGCGCCAACCUCCACUCUCCAAGUGAAGUCUCCACACCUAUAGGCUGUUUUUUUUCCUACCCCCAUCGCGGCUACAUUUUCAUCCAAAUUGGUCUCACCUUGCCGCUGACGCUUGGAUGUUGAUAAAACGACGCGCAUGCGUUGCUCUUGGAAUAAUUUUGCAGCCUAAGUUGCAUCCCUGAGAUCUUGUGUCAAAGUCGUUGGCAGGAUCGGAGUUAGUGAUGUGGACUACUCUGGACCGCGGAUGCUGGGGGAUCUGCUGCUUGUCCCUGCUGGCGACUGUAGUCUGCGGGGCGCAAAGCGCCAACGAACCUAGCAACAUGUCAUAUGUGAAAGCCACCGUGGACAAACUGCUGAAGGGCUAUGACAUCCGUCUGCGGCCUGAUUUUGGAGGCGCCCCUGUGGAUGUUGGCAUGAGCAUAGACAUCGCCAGCAUUGACAUGGUGUCUGAAGUCAACAUGGACUACACCAUCACCAUGUACUUCCAACAGUCCUGGAGAGACAAGCGCCUCUCCUACACAGGCAUUCCUCUCAAUCUCACCCUGGACAACCGGGUGGCAGACCAGCUGUGGGUCCCUGACACCUACUUCAUUAAUGACAAAAAGUCUUUCGUCCAUGGGGUGACAGUAAAGAACCGUAUGAUCAGACUGCACCCUGAUGGAACUGUGCUAUACGGUCUCAGGAUCACCACAACAGCUGCCUGCAUGAUGGACUUGCGCAGAUACCCACUGGAUGAGCAGAACUGCACCUUGGAGAUUGAGAGCUAUGGAUACACCACUGAUGACAUUGAAUUCUACUGGCAGGGAGGAAGCAACACAGGCUCAGUCACUGGGGUGGAGAACAUCGAACUGCCCCAGUUCUCCAUCAUAGACUACCAAACCCUCUCCAAGAAAGCUGUGUUUGCCACAGGUUCUUAUCCACGUCUGUCGCUGAGCUUUAAGCUGAAGAGGAACAUUGGCUAUUUCAUUCUGCAAACUUACAUGCCCUCCACCCUGAUCACCAUCCUGUCCUGGGUCUCCUUCUGGAUCAACUAUGAUGCCUCUGCUGCCAGAGUCGCAUUAGGUAUAACCACGGUGCUGACAAUGACCACCAUCAAUACCCACCUUAGGGAGACUCUGCCCAAGAUCCCCUACGUCAAGGCCAUUGACAUUUAUCUCAUGGGUUGCUUCGUCUUUGUCUUUCUGGCCUUGCUGGAGUACGCCUUUGUCAACUACAUCUUCUUUGGCCGAGGUCCUCACCUACAGAAGAAGGUAGCAGAAAAGGCUGCCAAGUCCAACAACGAGAACAAGAGCAGACUGGAGAGCAACAAAGUGCAGGUUGAUGCUCAUGGCAACAUCCUCCUAACCAACUUAACCAGUGAGAUGGGUGGAGCAGAUAUGAUGGGAGCUCUCAACGACCCUCGGGCUACCAUGUUCUCUUAUGACAGUGCCAGCAUACAGUACCGCAAGCCCAUGACCAGCCGAGACCUGUAUGGACGACCAGCCAUUGACCGGCCAAUGGGCCACAAGAAGGGCCGCUUGCGGAGGAGGGCUUCGCAGCUCAAAGUCAAGAUCCCCGACCUCACGGACGUCAACGCCAUAGACAAGUGGUCCCGUGUCGUCUUCCCAAUUGCAUUCACCUUCUUCAACCUGGUCUACUGGCUUUACUAUGUCCAUUAGGGUGGCAGUAGCGGGCCUCUGUGGCAGCACUACUGCUAAUGAUUUGAUAGAAAAGCUACCUAGGUCUUGUACAGCAAUGAAUACGAAGGAGCGUUCAGUCCAUUUGUAUACAUCCUGUUUUGGAAUGAGUAGUACUGGAUGUCUUUACAAUGUAAAUACAAUUUAAUAUAUAAUAUAUAAAUAUAUAUAUAACAGAGGUAUAAUUUAUUAAAAAUCCUAUCACUUUUGCUGUACUCAUCCAUACAAAAUAGAUAGAUAAAAAUAAUGGAAUUUAAGACACAGUAAAGGUAUGGUAUUUCUAAGUUCAAACUUGCCAAAAAGACUUUGGUGACUCCAAAAUUAUGGGCAAUGAUCUUUUAUUUGUUCUAUAUCUUUUUCUUACCUUCCGUUAUCUCACUUUUUGCAUGUGAAUGGAACACAACUUUUUGUUUGCUUAAGACAAAAACAAGAGCAAAGGAAGCCCAGUGCAAAACAAGUAGGUAAUUAUAACAGUUUUUACAUGAUCUUGUGACUGAAGCUCAUCCAGCUUAUUAACAGAAGACGUUUGGUUGAAUUCCACCGUAAUAAGGUAGUCCUGAUUUGAUUUAAGCUCAGUGCUCUGAUUGAGGUCAUUUUUGUGGAGCCGGAUAUGCAUCGUGUUGAAAUCCUUCUCUGAAAGCCAUCUGUGAGCUAACAAACAUGUCAGAUUGCUUUUCAUGACAUGUUCUCUUCUUUUGACAAGUUUCUUUUCAGUUCUGUAAAAAGAAAAAGAAAAAAAGAAAAAGCUUUGCAUGGCUCUACUGAGCCACUCUGUAUUAUAAUCAUUAUACUGUAUGCUUUCGAACAAUCAUUGCAUAUAAGGUAAGUACAGGACAGAUGUUAAUUGGAACUCCAACUAAUUUCUCAAAAACAAAAUGUAGUCGAAUUUGUAUCUAUGAUAUUCUCACAGUGUCUGUGAGCAUGUACAAUGUAAUUUUCUUUAAAAGAAAUCAGGUAAAGAAUGACCAAUGAUGUCACCAUGCUUUCAAAAUCACAUUUAAAAUUUCAAGCCCUGAUAAAACUCGCUGCUGGUGUUGAACAUUUUGUGUUACAGACUAUUAUUAAACAUUUUUGUCAGAUACCUGAAAAUAUACUGUGCAGAACUAUUAGAAAUACAGAGAGGUUCAUCCAUCUCAGUGUGUUAAAUAAUUACAGGGCAAGUUUGAGGUCACUGUUACUCUAAUUUAUUUUUCAGUGGAUUGCCUUUCAGCUCAUUAUCAAGGCUUAGGGUUAGGGAUCAGUUGUAAGACCCAAGUUCAAGUUUGCUCCAGCUCCAGUCCUACAGUCAGGUUCAAAAUACAUUUCUGAGGACAAACUAGUGUUGAGGACAGACAGAGUAGGUAUGACCAACAUCAAACAAAGUGUAAUAGCUGGCCCAGUAUCCCUAGAAAUUAUUUCCAUAUUGGACAAAACCUCACAAAUUAUGUUCUGUGCCAGUGCCAGAAGUUGAGCGUCCUUUACAGUAUACACCAGUCAGCCAAAACAUUAAAACCCCUGACAGGUGAAAUGAAUAACACUGAUUAUCUUGUUACAGUGCAGUGUUCUGCUGGGUCCUGGCAUAUAUGUACGGUGAAGAGGUCAUUGAAGUGGCAUAUAGCAAGUUGCAAGAGUUUCAUGCAGAAGAUUGGAGUUUGUGUUCUGUCACAGACCUGCAGUUAACAUUUGUCUUUUUAAUCAACCCUAUUUACCUAACCUUUAUUUGCUUUUACCAAGCAUUUUAGUUGCCUAACCAUACCUACACCAUAUCAAUAGUUUAUUUGCCAUAACCAAAGUCUUACCCUAAUCUGGACCACACCAUAGAUGCCAUGCACAGCAAAACGUUACCAUCUUACGUGCUGAAAACUGUAAAUGAAGAGGAGGGAGGUGCACAGCUUUCUUUUUCUCUGCUGCACUCUGGUCUCUCUUGCAAAAUAGAUCUUCAUCUCAACUCUCUCUCUCUAUCUCUUACCUGAUUAAAUAAAGGUCGUAUAAUGGCUGUUGACUGCACAAGAAAGGUACAAGCAUUCUGGGCAGAAACUUAUUCCAAUGCUGGAUGGAAGGCUUUUCUUCUCCCACUUAAUCUGUGGCAAUCCCAGUUCAUGUCUAAGGUUGUGUGAUGGAGACAUUUCUUUCAGCUAAACAACUCUAACAUCUCCAUGUGGGUGACAAAUAAAAAUAAAAGCCUACACGCUGUUUGUUAGUGAAGUGCUCCUCCUCCAAAAAACUCAGGAACAGGUUUUGCACAGUUUGUCAUGUAGAUUCUCAAAGUCUGUAGAGCUUCACUGGAGGAAUGAACAUCAUUCUUGCAGAACAUAUUCCCUCAUUUGGAGACUGCUGUCCAACACUCUAAAAUCUCCCAUAGGUGUUUAGUUGACUGUGAAUGCAGGAGAAUAUGACUCAUGACAUUUUCAUCAAAGCAUUCAGUGAGACCUCAUGAUCUGAAUGGAAACAUUAUAUUCUUCAUGUUUGUCCAGUCUUUAAUUUAGUUUUUUUUCUUGAAUAUAUUUGUACAUUUUUUGGCCACAAGUCUUUUUAUAAGCUAAAGCAGGGCUACAGCAUGGACUGUCUAAAAGGGACACGUGCGUAUACACUUGGUGACCAGAAAAUUUGAAAUCAUUCAGAGUAAGCACAAUGUUGGCACUCCUAGUGUGAAUUAUCCAUGGCCCUGUAGUGUGCCGGUGUUUAAGAUAACCAUGCUGACACCAGAGCUCUACAUUACCAAGGCUGAUGGAUGGACCUGUGUUCUAUGGAGCCUGCAUUUGUGUUUCUUCCAAAGUUGUCAGUAGGAUUUAUUGCAUGACUUGAUGUGUUGUGAUGAGGUCAUCCCAUCUACAUGUUCCUUGAAUAGUUCCUGGACAUUCUUUAGGCAUUUUUGGAUCAGAGAAACUUUUUCAUAAUUCUAAUAAAUAGUUCUAAGAACCCCACUUUUAUUACAUCCGCACCACAAGAACUAGGAACGAUCAUAGUUCUUAGCAUUUUUGGGGACUCUUUAAGCUCCUAUUUCAGACAAGGUACGCUUCCAUAACAAGAUAAACCUUACAUAAUUGUAUGGUGAUUGGUUCAACCCAUGAGCCAGUGCAGCACUGGCAACUGCCAUUUUUAAGAAUCUGUUAGCUAUGUAAACAACAGACAACACAAACAGCUCUUACCAGGAAAAACAUAAAAGAAAGCACGAACAAAUGGACCAACAGUGAAGUACAGGCUUCACUGAUGGGGGGAAAUCCAAUGCGAUUUAGACUCAUCAAAACAAAAUAUAAGAAUCUUUGAUAACAUGACAUGUUGCUACACCAACCCUUGGCUGGCUUAUAUCAUGUUAGCGAUUCCUCUCGGGGAGUCCCCAGAACUGUUUGGUCCAAAAAUGCCUUUUGACAUGCAGGGAAGCAUUAUUUUGUUGAAAAUGUCUAUCAUGAUUAAUCCAUUUUACAACCAUGUUAAGGCCUUCCUAUACUUUGGGUUCUGGUAUCAAAGUGUCAAUCUAUGGGUAGUUAAUACCUUCCAAACCAUUAUCACCUCACCCACAAGCAUGUUCACUUACAACCUCAUUUGGUUCAUGACCUUGUGGUAUUUAAGGACAGGGAAAGAUCAUGGUUAGAGUUAAUACAAAGGGCAUAGCUCCUUAAAGUCACCCUAAACUCUACACCUAAGGCCAUACUUCUUGUAUGGCACUAGACGUCAAAAUUAGGCUUAAAUGAUGAGGCACAAAUUUGUCCAGUUUGGACAUCAUUUCUUGGGAUACUGCGCUCUUUUUAGCUACGAGACACUUUCAGCACUUUACCAUUGAUAGGAGAGGCACCUUGUGUGGCUGUCUGCUGUUAAACUCCUAUAGAGGUAGACUGUGUGUUUGUGUAAUUUCUUGUUCUGUCCAGAGUCACUUUCUUACUUAUUCUUGGUAGACCCACCCUUAUGAGGUUUCUUUUGCUUCUAGUCCUUCCAUUGUUUCAUUUUGAAGCUGCUGCCUGUUUAAAGCCCAUAAACUAUUCAGUCUUAGUGAAACACAGUUUUGUCAGCUUUCUCUGUCAUCUGCCCACUGUAACGCAAACAAGGAAUCAAAGUUACUAGCUUUGGUAGAGACAUAUGUAAAUGGUAAAGGAGGGUUCACCUCUUCAGGUGUGACAGGGUUUCUAUUUUUCUGAUCACUGAGUGAGUUUGUACACUAUGGGAUGUGAACAUGGAUCAUCAGCUGAGCUCUGCUAAAGUACAACUUGGGCUUUGUUUCCAUAGCUUUGGCCACCCUUUCUAUCAGUUAUGCUAACAGUUUGCUCACUAAAUUAAUUGUUGAAAUCUAUAUGAUAAGAAAUAUUGAAAAAUAUCAACUGGGUAGUUCCCAAAGUUAACCUCUAGAAAUCUUAAGUCCUUCAAAAACACCUCCCGCUUUCCCAGAUUGGAUAACUGAUAGAAAGCAUAGCUUAGACUGCAAAAUGAGAAAAGAAAAUAAGAAAUAAUCAGAUACAAAAUCUAUGUGGUUAAAGUAAUACAUUUUUUCUUCCACAAAGUUUCCUAGUUGAUGACAAACUUUUACAGUGUAGUCACGGCAACUCGAAGGUUAGGACAAGUGUGGACAGCUUGUCUUAUCAGGGCUUUCAACAAAAAAAGCAGCAAAACCAGAUAGGCUUCUACAGGACACAAUAGUAGCAGUGUGCUCUUUCCUCAUGGCUGAAUAUUGUGCCUUUACCAAGAAUCUCAAUAUUUUCACAGGGUUUAACUUAACUUCUAUCUAGUGAGUAGAAUUUAAAACAAAUCAUCUUGUACUUUUUUUAGAUUAAGAAGAACAUGGAGAACCAAAAACAGAAGUGGACUAUUUAAGAUCUUUUCUGAGGCUCUAAAGUACAGUACCAUUAUCUAAGCGUAGAUUGUAGUAGUAAGACAUUCCAGCAUUACGAUGACAAUCUUUUGAAUUUAAUGCUGAAAAAAAUCUCCUGCGAGGCUGGUCUCCAUGCUGCCAGUGUUGCUGUUUUUAGAGUGGACGGACAGGAGGUGGAAAAAAAGAAAACAACAAAACAAAAACACAGCUUGGCUUUCUUCACAACAAAGGACCCGGAGCAGAUGGACACAUGUUUUCUGUGAACGGACGAGCUAAUGGAGGCCCUGAACAACUGGUUUGCCCACAGGCCGUGGAGAGGGAGGACAUGUGCUGGACUCUUAUUGUGUAAAAUUACUGUACAAUUUUUCUCUCAUGCUCUAUAUGUGCUCUCAAGUGGAAUGGGGUGUGGGUGUGUUUGCCCAUGUGUCUUUCUGCUUGUUUACAGGCAGAUAUAAGACACUGUGCAGGAAUGGUUGUGUGGAUGUGUGUGUGUGUGUGUGUGAGUAUGAGCAUAUGGAUGCGUGUGAGAGGGACAAAACAUGACACACGACAUACAAAUUCUUUGUGUCAACUUAUAGAGACUUCAAAGAAUAGAGUUUAAAUAAAAUUGCUGACAUCUCUACCAACCACAGUGUAUUUUUGCUGGCUUAUCAGAAACUAACAAGUAUGUUUCAAGCAUGUUUGUUUUCACUGUUUAAUAAACCCCAGAACUGAUUAACACAACUAGGAUGGGGGUUGGGUGUUACAGUAAUAGGGGCCCAACUGAACGAUUUUGCCCCCAGGGCCCCUUAACAGGUUAA